AUGCCGAAAGUGGUGAGCUCCGGUACGCCGCCGUUCAUCUCGCCGUCGCCCCGACUCCCGCCGGAACCGCGCUUAACUGACGCCUGCAACCGCACGUCCGCUGUUUGCUGUCACGUUGCCGGAAGUGGUGACCGUCAAGGAGGCCACGUCGUUCCGACGACUAUCCGCCAUGACGGUUCUAAUCGACGUCGAAGUCGAGGGGUCGGCGGCGCUGCCACGGAUGUCGGUCUGCUCCACCACAGCAAAGUCGGGGGAGGUCGCCGUCAUAUGAAGCAGCUUCCAUGGCGAGCUGGCUACUGUGUUGACGGCGGAGGGCGGAGGGCAGAGGUACACUUCGGACGGAGGUUAGCUGCGGACGGAGGGAGGGAGGUUGGCUGCGGGCGGAGGGCGGAGGUAGACUUCGGACGGUGGCUGUGUGUGUGA